UCAAGGAAAAUGGUGGACAUGGAAGAGAUGAGGAGUUUCGUCGACGUCUGGGCCUCUGCAGUUGCAUUGCUCUGUUACUGCUACGCCGUGGCAGCUUCCGUGCCAAAGGGCGCAGCUAGGCUCGCCUCCUUCCUGCCCGUUUUCUACCUCCUUGCCGUCCUUCCCCUUGGCCUCUCAUCUUUCCAUCUCGUCACGCCGUGCGCGUUCCUCCUCGCAUGGCUUUGCAACUUCAAGCUCCUCCUCUUUUCCUUCGGUACAGGACCUCUCUCUCGCUCCCCGAACUGCCUCCACUUUAUCCUGGUCGCAUCCUUACCCAUUGAUAUCAAACUAGUCGACGCUCCGCCUGUGGAACCAAGAUUAUUGGAAGCCCGGCCAUCUGAUCACCCGAUUAACUGGAAGCACAAUAAAAGCAGAUGCUCCGAAAGAUCGGGUUCGACUUCGCCUAAUCUCCAUAGGAUGGUUCUGCUGGCAGCCAAAGCAUUGGUUGUGGCUUUAGCCGUUCAUGCCUAUGACUACAAGCCCAGCCUACACCCCUACUUAGUCUGGGCCCUCCAUGGCGCCAUUUGGUUCUUCGGAAUAGAACUCGCACUAGCCGUCUAUGCAAUCCUGGGCUGGGCCAUUCUUGGACGGUCGGGACUCAAGCUGGACGCCCAGUUCAACGAGCCAUGCCUUUCGACCUCCCUGGAAGACUUCUGGGGCCGUAGGUGGAAUCUGACUGUCUCCCGAAUCUUCCGCCUGGCCAUCUACAAUCCAUUACGGAGUGUUUGUGUCCAGAUGCUGGGCCCUGACCUCGCUUGCUACCCUGCCACGAUCGCUACGUUCACCAUCUCUGGCUUGAUGCACGAGGCUAUGUGCUAUUACUUCAUCAGAGUAGCCCCAACAUGGGAGGUCACAGCAUUUUUUGUAAUCCAAGGAGGCUGUUUGGUCGUAGAGAAGGUGGCAAAGAAGCGGCUCGGGGACUCGUGGCAGCCCAACAGGGUUGUCUCCUGGUUCUUGACCCUGGGGCUCUUGGCUAUGACAGCAGUUCCGCUGCUCGGCCUCCCCUUGACCAGGAACGGCGUUGAUGAGAAGGGCAUCAGGGAAUGCCAUGCUGUAGCCAAUUUCAUUAAAGAGAAAGUUCGGCGACUCAUCUCUGCAUCGACAGGAUGAUCCCCAACUUAUGAAUUAAGCAGGACGAGGCGAAGCUAAAUCUUGUACAUAUGAAUCAGAACCACGGUAAGUGUAAGUAAUUGACACAAACACCACCACAUCGAACCCCUUCGUGAACACAUCAAACCCCUUCGUGCACCAGCAUUCCUGGAUCAGAGGACAAGAAACACAAUGAUAUUUUGAUGGAUUAACCCAUUGUAUCAUAGAAUUUUCUGACAUUUACACCAGAAGGUAUUAAUAAUGUU